GUAUUUGUAUUUCUUGGCUCUCCCGCUAAUGCUUUUGCUCACCCUAGCAAGAAAAGAAAUGGAGAAACAGAGAAAGGGGGAAUACACCCUGCAGCAGCUACAUAUAUGCAUUGUUUUUUUGCUGCUUGCUUGCCUGCCGGGCCGACAGAGCCUACCCGUCUCGGCUGAGGAUCGAUCGGUUCACCGAAAGACUGCAGGUCGAGAGUUACAUUGUGACGACGACCUGCCAAUUGGAGUACGACGCACAGACAUUGUUCACUAUAGCUGUCUGAACUUCAGACCGGAAUGACCCGUAGCUAGCUAGCUACAGAUUCUCUGUCUGCCUGUAGUCCACGAUGCCUGAAGGCUGUUGAAUAGCCCCUGAAGUAUUCACAGAGAUUUUUCUUAGACGUGGAAGGGUGCAUCUCUCUCUGAGCGGACUUUUAUUGGUGGUGGCGCGUCACGUUCAUCAUGAUGAGGCGUUAUCCUUCGGCAGCAGCAGCAGCAGCAGCUCUGGAA